AUGAAGGUGGCUGUGGACCCAGACCCUUCCCUGGUCUACCGGCCUGAUAUGGGGCCAGAGGCGGCCAAAGACAGGGGCAGCUUCCGAAACUACAUGUCCGGCCCUCUCCUGGACCGUGUCUUCACCACCUACAAGCUUAUGCACACGUGGCAGACCGUGGACUUCGUCAGGAGGAAGCAUGCCCAGUUUGGGAGCUUCUCCUAUAAGAGAAUGACUGUCAUGGAGGCUGUGGACAUGCUGGAUGCGCUGGUGGACGAGUCGGACCCCGACGUGGACUUCCCCAACUCCUUCCACGCCUUCCAGACGGCCGAGGGCAUCCGGAAGGCCCAUCCCGACAAGGACUGGUUCCACCUCGCCGGGCUCCUGCAUGACCUGGGGAAGGUCCUGGCUCUGGCAGGGGAGCCCCAGUGGGCAGUCGUUGGAGACACCUUCCCAGUUGGCUGCCGUCCCCAAAGCUCUGUGCUUUUCUGGGACUCUACCUUCCAGGACAACCCUGACCUCCAGGACCCUCUGUACAGCACAGAGCUUGGCAUGUACCAGCCCCACUGUGGGCUCGAGAACGUCCUCAUGUCCUGGGGCCAUGACGAGUACAUGUACCAGAUGAUGAAGUUCAACAAAUUCUCCCUCCCACUGGAGGCCUUCUACAUCGUCCGGUUCCACUCCUUCUACCCGUGGCAUACGGGCGGCGACUACCAGCAGCUGUGCGACGAGCAGGACUUGGCCAUGCUGCCCUGGGUGCAGGAGUUCAACAAGUUCGAUCUCUACACCAAGAGCUCCGACCUGCCCGAUGUGGACAAGCUGCGGCCCUACUACCAGGGGCUCAUCGACAAGUACUGCCCCGGUGUCCUCCACUGGUGA